AUAGCAACACAGACCAUUGAAGAUGAUGAAACUGGUGGUGUUGUCGUGCUUGAUGUCGGCGGCGUGUGCGUCGGCGCUGCUGCCGCUCGCAUACACCUACAGUGCGCCGCUGCUGGCGCCGUACAACUACCGCGGGCCGCUGUCGCUGGCGCCUGGCCAGCCCGCCAACAUCCUGGCGGCGGACGGCAGGCCGCUCGACACGCUCGACGUCAACCUGGACCGCUCGGCGCACUACACCGCCAAGGCUCUGGACGGAGGCCUGCACCUGCUGAAGAAGCGCUCCCUCGCUGUGGCGCCCCUGCCCGGCCUGGCAUACACCGCUCCGCUGGCCUACCGCGCGCCGAUCGCCUACUCCGCGCCCCUGGCCUACUCCGCGCCCAUCUAUGCCAAGCCUAUCCUCCCCAUCGCACACGCUCUCUACUGAAAAAGCUGAUCUGAUUAUUCAUUGUAAAUAAAUCAUACUACCUACUAGUGAA